GGGGCCGGCAGGCGUCUGGGGCGCCAGGCCGCUGCCGCCCGCCCCUUCCCCUCCGCAGGCCCGCCCCGGGGCCGGGGCCAACUGAAACCGCUGGAGGAGGAAGAGCGGAAUCAGGAACUGGCCGGGGUCAGCACGGGCCUGAGUGGGUCCCAGGCGCCCCAGGAGCAGCUGCUGGUGCGGGACGGCACCAUGGGCUUCUCUUCCGAGCUGUGCAGCCCCCAGGGCCAUGGGGCGGUGCAACAGAUGCAGGAGGCCGAGCUUCGCCUGCUGGAGGGCAUGAGGAAGUGGAUGGCCCAGCGAGUCAAGAGUGACAGGGAGUAUGCAGGACUGCUGCACCACAUGUCCCUGCAGGACAGCGGGGCCCAGGCUCGGGGCAUCCCCGACAGCCCCAUCAGCCAGUCCUGGGCCGAGAUCACCGGCCAGACGGAGGGCCUGAGCCGGCUGCUGCGGCAGCACGCGGAAGACCUGAACGCGGGGCCCCUGAGCAAGCUGAGCCUGCUGAUCCGGGAGCGGCAGCAGCUGCGCAAGACCUACAGCGAGCAGUGGCAGCAGCUGCAGCAGGAGCUCACCAAGGCCCACAGCCAGGACAUCGAGAAGCUGAAGAGCCAGUACCGAGCCCUGGCGCGGGACAGCGCCCAGGCCAGGCGCAAGUACCAGGAGGCCAGCAAAGACAAGGACCGCGACAAGGCCAAGGACAAGUACGUGCGCAGCCUGUGGAAGCUGUUUGCCCACCACAACCGCUACGUGCUGGGCGUGCGGGCCGCGCAGCUGCACCACCGGCACCACCACCAGCUGCUGCUGCCCGGCCUGCUGCAGUCGCUGCAGGACCUGCACGAGGAGAUGGCGAGCAUCCUGAAGGAGAUCCUGCAGGAGUACCUGGAGCUCAGCAGUCUGGUGCAGGACGAGGUGGUGGCCAUUCACCGCGCCAUGGCUGCAGCCGCCGCCAGCGUCCAGCCCGAGGCCGAGUACCAAGGCUUCCUGCGACAGUACGGGUCCGCACCUGACGUCCCACCCUGCGUCACCUUCGACGAGUCUCUGCUUGAGGAAGGCGAGGCGCUGGAGCCCGGGGAGCUGCAGCUGAACGAGCUGACGGUGGAGAGCGUGCAGCACACGCUGAUCUCGGUGACCGACGAACUGGCUGUGGCCUCCCAGUCGGUGCUCAGCCGGCAGGAGCUGGUCACUCAGCUGCAGCGCGAGCUCCAGAACGAAGAGCAGAACACCCCCCCGCGGGGGCGGGUGCAGCUGCUGGGCAAGAGGCAGGCACUGCUGGAGGCGCUGCAGGGGCUGCAGGUGGCACUGUGCAGCCAGGCCAAGCUGCAGGCCCAGCACGAGCUGCUGCAGGCCAAGGUGGCGCAGCUGGGCCCCGGCGAGGCCCCGCCGGUGCUGCUGCUGCAGGACGACCGCCACUCCACGUCCUCCUCGGAGCAGGAGCGAGAAGGGGGAAGGACACCCACACUGGAGAUCCUUAAGAGCCACAUCUCUGGAAUCUUCCGCCCCAAGUUCUCGCUCCCCCCACCGCUGCAGCUCGUUCCUGAGGUGCAGAAGCCCCUGCACGAGCAGCUGUGGUACCACGGGGCCAUCCCGCGGGCGGAGGUGGCCGAGCUGCUGACUCACUCUGGGGACUUCCUGGUGCGGGAGAGCCAGGGCAAGCAGGAGUACGUGCUGUCGGUGCUGUGGGACGGCCUGCCCCGGCACUUCAUCAUCCAGUCCUCCGACAACCUGUUCCGGCUGGAAGGGGAUGGCUUCCCCAGCAUUCCGCUGCUCAUCGACCACCUGCUGUGCUCCCAGCAGCCCCUCACCAAGAAGAGUGGCGUCGUCCUGCACAGGGCCGUGCCCAAGGACAAGUGGGUGCUGAACCACGAGGACCUGGUGCUGGGCGAGCAGAUCGGGCGGGGGAACUUCGGCGAGGUGUUCAGCGGGCGCCUGCGGGCCGACAACAGUCUGGUGGCGGUGAAGUCCUGCCGGGAGACGCUCCCCCCGGAACUCAAGGCCAGGUUCCUGCAGGAAGCAAGGAUCCUGAAGCAGUACAGUCACCCCAACAUCGUGCGUCUCAUUGGCGUCUGCACCCAGAAGCAGCCCAUCUACAUCGUCAUGGAGCUGGUGCAGGGGGGCGACUUCCUGACCUUCCUGCGGACAGAGGGGGCCCGCCUCCGCGUGAAGACCCUGCUGCAGCUGGUGGGCGACGCGGCGGCCGGCAUGGAGUACCUGGAGAGCAAGUGCUGCAUCCACCGGGACCUGGCUGCUCGGAACUGCCUGGUGACCGAGAAGAACGUCCUGAAGAUCAGUGACUUCGGCAUGUCCCGGGAGGAAGCUGAUGGGGUCUACGCAGCCUCGGGGGGCCUCAGACAAGUGCCCGUGAAGUGGACCGCCCCCGAGGCCCUGAACUACGGCCGCUACUCCUCCGAGAGCGACGUGUGGAGCUUCGGCAUCUUGCUCUGGGAGACCUUCAGCCUGGGCGCCUCCCCCUACCCCAACCUCAGCAACCAGCAGACUCGGGAGUUCGUGGAAAACGGGGGCCGCCUGCCCUGCCCCGAGCUGUGCCCCGACGCCGUGUUCAGGCUCAUGGAGCAGUGCUGGGCCUACGAGCCCGGGCAGCGGCCCAACUUCAGCACCGUCUGCCAGGAGCUGCACAGCAUCCGAAAGCGGCACCGGUGAGGCCGGGACGCCUGUCUCCAGCCACCGGCCUCAGCGUACCUCCUGCGCGGCUCCAGUUCACACGCCGACGGCCCGGACCUGGCGGUCCUGGACCCCAGCUGCCAGCGGGGUGUGGCUCCCCGUCAGCUCUGCACCCCUGCCCCGCCAGGGCCUCCUCCACCGGGCAGAAAUAAUAAAACACUUGUGUGCGUUGAA